AGCGUAUGCUUCUUGGGGCACAUGGUCAGGAAUUACUCACUUCUGCUUUAGUAACUGUGUGUCUGUAGUCACCCUGUGAAUGUUCUGGUCGUGAGCCACAGCUGUUUCUCAAAAGCAGAAGAGUUCAUCUUUAAAAGAGGGCAUGGUGCGUGGAGUGUGUGUAGCCCAAUGGUAUCGAACUUACUCGGCAAACCUGAGGCUCUGAGUUUAGCCUCCAGAAGCAGGUACACAAAAGGCUCAGGGUUGCUUUAAAGUACCAAGAAGGCCAAGGUGUCGUCUGGCACUUGGACAUCUUUGGAUCUGCUGAAUAAUGCAGAUCAGGACUUGAAAACCUUGCAUUAUAUGCUUUAAAGCUUUAUAUUUAUGGGCUGGGGGGAUGACUCAGAGGUUAAGAGCACUGACUGCUCUUCCAGAGGUCCUGAGUUCAAUUCCCAGCACCACAUGGUGGCUCACAACCACCUGUAAUGAGAUCUGGUGCCCUCUUCUGGCCGUCAGGCAGGCAGAGCACUGUAUACAUAAUAAAUAAAUCUUUAAAAACAUUUAUUAUUCUUGUAUACAUGUGUAUGGUGGGUGUGGCUGUGCAUGUGCCAUAGCACACACAUGAAGGCCAGAGGACAACUUGAUGGAGUCCAUUCUUUCUUUUUGUGGGUUCUGGAGAUUGAAUCCAGGUCUCCAGGCUUCUGUGGCGAGCCCCUUUGCCUGCUGAGGCCCCUUCUGCUGUAGUUGUCUUAACUGGUUCUGGCCUGCACUUGAAACUGGAGGCUAUAGGUGACUGCAGGUGUGUUAAAACACAUUCAAAUCUUGGAAAUGUUACACUCCAAAGUCAAAUUUCUGUAAAGUGUCUUGUUUGGGUUGGUAUGAGGAGCAAUUGAGGAGCAAUAACCUAAAUGAAAUCUUCAAAUGAAUGUCUUGACUACAGCACUGAACCUUUAGAAAAUCUCACCCCUAAAUCUUCCACACUUUCAAUUUUUUUGGUAUACUUCCAUAUGUGUGUGUGUGUGUGUGUGUGUGUGUGUGUGUGUGUGUGUGUGUGUGCAAAGAUGCCACAACAGACACGUGGAGGUUAGAAGACAACUUGGAGUCCCCCUACUAUUUUGAAUCCUGGGGAUUGAACUCAGUCAGCGGGCAAGCAAGCCAUCUCACCAGCCCACCUCCCACUCCUGCAUGACUGGGGGUGAGGGAGAAGUGGGUGGUACGGUUCCUUUGUUUUACUUUUGAAUAAAGUCUCUUUAUGUAGCUUAGAGAGUCUUGAAUUGACAAUCUUCGUGCCCCUGUUUCCUUAGUGCUGGGAUUACAGGUGUGUAUUACCAUGCCUCCCUGUGUGUCCUGCCUGGCUUGGAGCUGGAUAAGUAGAUGAUGAUUGCCUGGAACUCAGAGAUCUGCCUGCCUCUGCCUCACCGGUUACAUGCCACUAUCCCAGCCGUGGAUCUCUUACAAAAGUUUUUAUAGAACUUUGAAACUUUUAAGUUGUUGGAUCUAACCAACACAAUGCCACCAUAGUUUACCUGUGGGCUGCUUCAUGCUCUGUCAAGUCUUCUGGGGACUGUUAUGGUAUAAACCAGAAGAGUAGACAGAUAAGAGGGAUGGUGAUAUAAAGAUACCCUAUUUAUUCAUCUUGUCAGGCCAAUGCGACCUGCUUUCUGUUCAUUACAAACUAGAAAAGGGAAAAUAACAUUAACCUUGUCAGUAUAUGCCAUAUUGACAAUCAUUUGAAGAUGUGUGUGAUGGCAGAGGCCAGUAAUUGCAGUGACUCAGAAAGUGAGGCAGAGGAUCACAAGGCUAGCCUGGGCUACAUAAUGAAGUCUUGUCUCAAAACAAAACAAUUGGUAUGACCACCUGCUUAUUUUCAUGUAGCUGAUGGUUUUACUUCAAGACUCAGGGACCUUUACACUGGCCAUUGAAACCUUCUAAAGGGUUAGUGCAGUAGGUCAGGUGAAGACAACAAUAAGUUGUGUUGGAUGGCUUAACUAGCAUGAUUGCUAGUUAUAUCAAGUCUUUCAUGUUGGUAUUCAAUUCUAAACUUCUCAAGGGCACUUUAUUACAUCUGGUUUAUUGUGCAUGAGGGUAGAGACUUCCAAGACUCCCCAAUUAUUUCUUUUUUGUUCAAUUUCUCUCUUAUUUUUGAGAUUGUAAUUACAUCAUCUCUCCUUUCCUUUUCCUUCCUCCGAACCCUUCCAUAUGCCUUGUUCUUGCUCUCUUUCAUAUUUAUUGCCUCUUUCCAUUAAUUCUUGUUACACACAUAAAUAUCAAUGCAUGGUGUCUUCAGCAAUAGGGACUUCCUUCAAUCUCUGGGGGGCAAGCAAGGGUAAUUGCAAUAGCCUGUAUGUUUUAGAAGUCUCUUGGACUGCCCAACCAACAACUCAAAAGAGGACUUCUCAUGCCUGGUAUUGGGAUAAGUGAUCUUAGGUUCUUGAAGGGAACAUUGUCAGUUCAGAUGAGAAAUUUUCAUUUUAACUAUAUAUGUAUAUUUAUACAGACUUAGGUGUACUAUGGAUAUUUUUAGGUAGAUAGUUGAUAGUAUGAUCUUACAACUUUUUCGGACAUCCUUACUAUUAUUUUACCCUCCUUCUGUAUUUUCUCCCUCCCUCUUCCUAAUUAAAGCCCCUCCCCCAUUUUUCCUAUUUCCCAUUUCAGAUCAAUCAUACUGUGCUAUUCUCCUCUCUGUUACUACCCCACUCUCCUGACUCCAGAAAUGGUCCUUUCUACUUCCCUGGUUUCCACAGCUACUCCAGGUUGUAUAUUCACAUCUGAAGAUUUGGAGCUAGGAGCCUCAGGUGACAGAGAACACGUGACGUCUGUCUUUCUUGGUCUUGUGUACCUCACUCAUUAUGAUCUUUUGUAGUUCCAUUCAUUUACCUGAAAAGUUCAUGAUUUCAUUUUUUCUUCACAGCUGAAGAGUAUUCCAUAAGGUAUACGUAACAUUUUCAUUAUCCAUUUGUCAGUUGAAGAACAUUUAUGUUGUUUCCAGUUUCUAGUUAUUGUGAAUAGAGCAUCAAUGAACAUGGUUGAGCAAGUAUUUGUGGAGUAGAUGUUGAGUUCUUUGGGCAUAUGCCAAGAAGUGGUAUAGCUGGGUCAAAUGAUUUUUAGCUUUUUGAGAGUUCUCCACAUUUGAGUCAUAUAGUGGUGCACGCCUUUUAAUUCCAGCACUUGGGAAGCACGGGCAGGCAGAUCUCUAAGUUUGAGGCUGGCCCUGUUUAUAGAGCAAGUUCUAGGACAGCCAAGGCUAUACAGAGAAACUUUAUCUCAAAAAACCAGAGAGAGAAAGAUUGAUUGGUUGAUUGAUUGAUUGAUUCUCCACACUGAUUCUUGUAGUGGCUGUACCAGUUUGCUGUCUCCCCAACAAUGAAGGAAGGUUCCUUUCCCCCACACUCUAUUCAGCAUUUGUUGUUGGUUGAGCUUUACCAUCAAAGUUGUUUUGAUUUGCUUUUCCCCAAUUGCUAGGGAUGAUCAACAUUUUUGAAACUUUGUUUUCUUUUGAGAACUCUGUUCAGGUCCCAGGCCCAUUUUAUGAAUGGGUCAUUUGUGGGUUUUUUGUUUGUUUGUUUUGUUUGUUUCUUUCUUUCUUUUUCUUUUCUUUCUUCCUUUUUUUUUUAAGCUCUUUAUAUAUUCAGGGUAUUAAUCCUCUGUCAGAUGUCCAAUGAGCAAAGAUUCUUUCCCAUUCAGUGGGCUUCCUCUUUACCCAGUUGAUUGUUGUUUGUUUGUUUGUUUGUUUUUCGAGACAGGGUUUCUCCGUGUAGUUUUGGUGCCUGUCCUGGAUCUCGCUCUGUAGACCAGGCUGGUCUCGAACUCGAAGAGAUCUGUCUGGCUCCAGUUGAUUGUUUCUUUAGCUGCACAGGAGCUUUUUAGUUUUGGCAAUUGUUGAGCUUAAUUCUUGCGCAAAUGGAGUCCUACUCAGGAGGUCUUUUCCUAUGCUUAUAUGAUAUAGGGUAAUACCUAUGUUUUCUCCUAACAGUUUCACUAUUUCAGGUUUCAGGUUUAGGCCUUUGAUCCAUUUGGAGUUAGUUUUUGUGCAAGGUGGUAGAUAUGGGUCUACUUUUAUGCUCCUACAUGCAGACAUUCAAUUUCCCCAGCACCAUUUGUUGAAGAUGUUUCUUUUCUUCAGCUUAUGUUUUUGGUAUCAUUGUCAAAUAUUAAAUGCUGAAGUUAUGUUUGGAUCUUUGAUUUUGUUGCAUUGGUCUGCAUGUCCUUUUUAAUAUAAUUUUUUAUUUUUAUUUUAUGUACAUUGGUGUUUUGCCUGCAGGUAUGUCUGUAUGAGUGCAUUGGAUCCCCUGGAACAGGAGUUACAGAUGGCUGAGCUGCCAUGUGGAUGCUGGGAAUUGAACGUGGGUCCUUGGGAAGAGCAGCUGGUGCUCUUAACCGCUGAGGCAUCUCUUCAGCCCCCCUCCAUGUCUGUUUUUGUGCCAGUACCAUAUUGUUUUUAUGACUGUUGACUCUGUGUUCUUUUUGUUUAAGAUUGUUUGGCUAUUCAGGGUCUUUUGUGUUUCCAUAUGAAUUUUAAGGUAGUUUUGGUGUUGGUUUUGUUUGUUUGUUUUUCUAUUUCUGUGAAGCAUGAGAAGGGGAUUCUUCAGUUUUUGAGACGGGAUCUUGCUAUGUAGCUCCAGUUGGCUUGGAAUUUGUAGUAAUCCUUCUGCCUCACCCUCCCAAGUGUGUGGAUUGUGUGGGCUACCACACCCAGCUCUGUUUGCUUCUAUCAUAAAAGCCUCCACUUUAUAUGCCAGACAGCUAAUUGAAGGGAUUCUGCCAGCUGCCAAGAAUGUCUAUAUAUAGUUACACAUGUAGGAAGUAGGAAAAUAACCACUGGGUUGGCCUGCUCUUCAGUUGGUCCAUCUGUGAGGUAAGACAUGUUAAAGGUGAACUGGAGCCUGGCAGUAUAGCUCAGCAGUAGUGCCUGCCUAGCAUGGACGGGACUCUGAGUACUUUGCCAAACAAUAGCAAUAACAACAAAAACACCAGUCAAUCAGGACACCGUAAAAUUAUAGUUCACCUGGGUAUGGCAGGACUUGAGAGGCAAAGGCAGAUGGAUCUCUGUGAGUUUGAAGCUAGCCUGUUCUACAUCUGAAAUUCUAGGUUAGUCUUAAACAACCAACCAACAAACAAACCAGACCUUUAGAAAUAUUAACUUCAAGCUAGGUAUGGUAUUACAUAUUUGUAAUUCUAAUACUUGGGAGGUGGAGACAGGAGGAUCAGGAGUUAAAAGUCAUUCUCAGUCUUAUAGCAAGUUCAAGACCGGCCUGGGCUACAUGAGAUUUUUGUCUCCAAAAAAAAAAAAAUCAUGACUUCAUAGAAGUGAUCAGCCGUAGUUGUGGAAGUCACUACUAUAUUAUAUUGUACAGUACAGGUCUCGGCUGUACUUCUGAGCCUGUUGAGGCAAGAAUGACAAUCACAGGAGAUUAAGGCCAGGCGUGGCUGCGCAUGCCUUUAAUCCCAGUACUUGGAAACUGAGGCAGGAGAAUCUCUAGUUCCAGUCUUAGAAAAUAAAACAUGACAGACAGAAGAUGAGAAGUUUGCAACAACUUCCUGCAUUCAGUCUAAAUUCACCACUAUGUAACUAACAUAUUUAAACAGUUACUUGCAGUGUCUAGACCUGUUUUUCCAUUAUGCCUACUGUGAAGGGUUGGUGAAGUAAUUAAAUACGUUUAUAUAGGACCAGCAAGAUGAUUCGUCUGGUAAAAGCAUUUGCCCCAUGCCAGAUGACCUGGGUUCAAUCCCCCAAAUUCAUAUGGUGGAAGGAAAGAACCAAGUUUUCUCUGACUUUCACAUGUGCAAGGUGGACACUCCUCUAUAUACAAAAUAAAAUGUAAUUAGUUUUAAAAAUAAUAAUCAACCAGUUUAUAUAUAAAUAUAGGUAUAUUGCAUGUUCACACAUUGGUCUUCAGUAAAUGACAGUGUUGUUAAUAAUACUCCAUUACAAGGUGCACUGCCAGGCUGGAGACAUGGCCCAGCGGUUAAGAGCACUGUCUGCUCUUCCAAGGGUCCUGAGUUCAAUUCCCAGCAACCACAUGGUGGCUCAAAACAGUCUGUGAUGAGAUCUGGUGUCCUCUUCUGGCCUGCAGGCAUACAUGCAGACAGAACAUUGUAUACAUAAUAAAUAAAUCUUCAAAAAAACAAGGUGCAUUGCCUUUAGUAGCUUUUACUUACAUCAUAUGUGGAAAGUGAGCUCAUGUAUGAUAAUGAACUAUUGCUUUUUGAUGAUUGGUAGGAGCAGGCUCCUGAUAACCCCGAAUAAAGUGUUGCGUUUCACCAUCCCUUGAGAUACCUAAGUGAGGUUGCCUUAGCAUGGAAAAAGGAGCAUAUGGGCAGUGCCACCUUCAGGAUGGCAACUGCUGAUGUUUUCCAUUGCCAGACCUGUCGUUCCUUUUCAGGGAAUCUGAUUUAAGUCCCCUGAAUAAUAAAGAUUCCUAUGAUCCCAGCCUGAACAGUCAUACUACUCUGCUUAGUUUACCUUUUAGUAGACUAGUAAAUGCUCAUGUUAAUUUCCUGUCACUGUGAUAAAAUUGUGACUGGGGCUGGGAUCAGUUGGUAGAUCAGUUGCCUAGUAUGCCCAAAGACCUUGGUUUCAUACAGCACCACAUAAACCAUGUAUGGUAGUGCAUACCUGUAAUUCCAUCACUUGAGAGGUAAGGUAGGAUGAUUAGGAAUUCAAGUUUAUCCUUGGCUACACAUCAAGCUUGAGGUCAGCCUAGACUAUAUGAGACCUUGUAUCAAAACAAAGAAAAGCUUGACACCAGCAUCUUAUAAGGGAAAAAGUUUAUUGCUCUGAGCUUCAGAGGUUUUCAUCAAAGUUCGCUUGACCCUGUUUCUGAGCAGAACAUCAUGGUGGGACAGAUACUGUGAAACGGAGCUGCCCACCCCACAGCAGCCAGGAAGCAGAAACAGCAAGAGAAAGAGUGCAGAAAAAAAUAAUUUCUUUGGGAACACAUCCUCAGUGACCUACUUCUUCCAUCUAGGUCCCACACCCUAAUUCUGAUACCUCAUAAUGGCCCAUUAAGUUAUGCAUCCAUAGUUAAUCAAUUGUUUAAUCAACUGGUGAUCUCUCAUGACCCAGUCACCUACCAAAGGACGUGUACACUGCUGUAUUACCAAGCUAUCAACUGUAGGUGAAGUUUUUCACUGGGAUGGCUGGCUCCCAAAUAACCACACGGAGACUUCUUAUUAAUUAUGAAAGCCCAGCCAAUAGCGUAGGUGUGUUUUUAGCUAGCUCUUAUGACCUAAUCAACCCAUUUCUAUUCAUCUGUAUGCUGUCCCAAGGCUCAUUUGCCUCGUCUGUGUACUCUCUGUGCUGCUUCUUCCACGACUGGCUGGUGACUCCUGAGGCUCCGCCCUUCUUCCCCAGCAUUCUCUCUGCCCUGAAAAUCCUGCCUAGCUACUGGCUGUUUAGCUUUUUUUUUUUUUUUUUUUGGUUUUCCGAGACAGGGUUUCUCUGUGUAGCUUUGCGCCUUUCCUGGAACUCACUUGGUAGCCCAGGCCGGCCUUGAACUCACAUGUUUAGCUUUUUUAUUAAACCAGUCACAGUGACAUAUAUUUACACAGUGUAAAGGAAUAUUGCAUAGUCAACACAUGAAUUUGUGAGAACAUUUCAGUACCCAAACCAUAAUAAUGCAGAUGGUAAGUCUGACGCCUUCCUUAUAUGUGUGUUUUGAAAAGUUCUAUAUAAUCCUCAUGAAAUAUAUUACUAGGGGAAAAUCAAGUGUCACCUCUCUGACUUGAAGUUGUCUUCCCUAUGAGACAUUUUCCCAGUGCGCAGCAUGGUCCGCCCACUCGUUUCCUGCUUCUGGGUGUCACAGGACUGACUGCUCUAGCAUCAUGUUUGUAUCUAUGGGAACUCCCUGGAGGGACUCAGACGCCGUUCUUGAAGAAAAGAUAACGGUAGAAAAGAUGGUGGCUGAUUGCCUGACAAAUUGUUACCAGGUCUCGGUAACUUUUGAUGAUGUGGCUGUGGACUUCACCCAAGAAGAGUGGAUUUUAUUGGAUCAAGCUCACAGAGACCUCUACAGAGAGGUGAUGCUGGAGAACUACCAGAACCUGGCCUCAGCGGGAUGUGAGGUCAUCAAACCCAGUCUGAUCUCCUGGUUGGAAGAAGAGGAUUUGCACAGAGAAGAUCUCCAAGAAUGGGAAAUGCCACUUGGCACCAAAGAGUCAACAUUGCGUCAGGAUUUUUUGAGGGGACAGACUUCCAGUGGAAUACAAACAGUCAGAAGCCAUAGUGCACAAGAACUCUGUAACUAUAUACAAUGUGGAGAAAUCUUCAGUGAGCAUUCAUAUUUCAAGACACAUAUGAAAACUCACAGUACUUGCAACACUGAACAUUUUACACACUCAAGUCCUGAUGCCUCUGUUCAAGUGCACACCAUAAAAACAUAUCCAUGUAAGAUUUGUGGAAGAGCCUUUGGACGUUCUUCAAAUCUUAAUAGACACUUACGAAGUCACACUGGAGAAAAACCCUAUGAAUGUAAGGAAUGUGGGAAAGCCUUCACUACCUACUCAAGGCUAGUGGAACAUUUUAGAACUCAUACUGGAGAGAAACCAUAUAAAUGCAAGGACUGUGGGAAAGCUUUUGCUAAGAGGUCAGGCCUUAUAACACAUAUAUCAACCCAUGCUUCAGAGAAGCCCUUUGCAUGUAAAGAGUGUGGGAAAGCCUUUGCUUCAUCCCCACGCCUUAGUCAGCAUAUAAGAAUUCACAGUGGAGAGAGACCUUACAUAUGUAAGGAAUGUGGAAGAGCCUUCCUCACUUCCUCAUACCUACGGAACCACAUAGGAAGAACUCACAGUGGAGAGAGACCCUAUAUAUGUGGAGAAUGUGGAAAAGCCUUCCAUUCUUACUCAAAUCUACGUAGACACGUGAGAACUCACAGUGGAGAAAGACCCUACAUAUGCAAGGAAUGUGGAAAAGCCUUCCUCAAUUCCUCAUACCUACAUAACCAUAUAAGAAAAACUCACAGUGGAGAGAUGCCUCAUAUAUGUGGUGAAUGUGGGAAAGUCUUCCAUGCUUCCUCAUACCUGCGUAGACACUUACGAACUCACAGUGGAGAGAGACCGUGUAUAUGUAAGGAAUGUGGGAAAGCCUUCCUCAACUCCUCGUACCUACGCAAACAUCUGACCAUUCAUACUGGAGACAAACCCUACGAGUGUAAAGACUGUGGGAAAGCCUAUCGUAGGUACAAUCUGCUACAUGACCAUUUAAAAACUCACACAGUAGAAAAGCCAUUUGAAUGUGAUGUGUGUGGGAAAUCCUUUCAAUAUUUUUCAUACCUUACUAAACACAUUCGUAUUCACACCGGAACAAAACCCUAUAAGUGUAAGUACUGUGGGAAAGAUUUCACUACUUCCUCAAGCCGAACUGAACAUAUCCGAACUCACACUGGUGAGAGGCCCUAUGAGUGUACGGAAUGUGAGAAAACCUUCACUUCAUCCUCCAACCUCAUUCACCAUGUAAAAAUCCACACUAGAGAGAAACCUUUUGUUGAGAAUGUAGGGAAGCCUACAGCAGACUUUACCUACUAACCAAACACUAGUAACUCACAGUGAACAGAAUCACUUCAGAUAGGAGGAAUGCCAAAAAUCCUUAAUCCCUCAUGUCUUGAUUCCAUCAUACUGGAACUUAGAAUUUUAAGAAACUAAUGUGGAACAACCCCCAUUUAUGACAGUUUAUUUUGAAAACAUGAAAGAACCCAUACUCAAGAUGUCCCAUGAAUGUAAGGAAAGAAAUAUUAAAGCCCACACUAUUUCCUAGGAACUUACUAAAUAUGUGAGACUUCACAAUGAAGGGAAAUACACUGAUGUAGGCAUACAGAAGGUUGUAGUUCUGCUAAGUAUUUUUAAUUCAUUUGUUCCAACAGUUGAGAAAACUUUGAAGGUAAGGAAUGUUAGAAAGUCACAUGAACUUAAUCCUCAGUGUUUAGUAAACAUUAUAAUUCAUACCCAAGAGAAAUCAACUAUAUGGAAAUUUUGUUCAUGUGCCCUGAAAUGUAGUAUUGCUGGCAGCAGUAAGGCCUGUUGGAUGAUACUGUUUAUUUUGAACUUCUGAUAUCUGUCCUGAUAUUCCUAGAGUGAUAUAUUUUCUUUCCUCUAAGCACCAUUUCAUCUUGGUUGUUACAACUUCUGGGUAGCAAGCUGGUGAUAUGAGGACUUUUGGAAUAUAAACAUUGUUUUAGUAUAGUGUAGAUUCUCUAGUUGGCUUAUCAUACUAUUAAACAUGCUACCCUAUAAUAACUUACAGUAGCUAAAUUUCAUAAUACAGUUCUCAUGGUCUUUAAAAUGUCCUUGUUCCUCUUUCACAACUUUUAGGUAAAAGGUAAAAUAAAUAAAUAAGUAAAUAAAUAAGCAGCAAGCAAGCAAGCAAACUAGCAAAGUCCUUUUCCCAAAACACAUUAAGCUGUGACUUCAUAAAUGGAUCAGUCAUUGAUGAAGCCAGAGCCCUCAUGAUCCAGGUAUCUCUUAUAUCCCACACUGUGAACACUACAGCCCUGGGGACCAAGUCUUCAGUAUAUGAACUUUUGGAGUACAUUUCAGAUCCGAAUCAUAAUACAAUCCCUCCCAGGUUCUGGUAAUUCCUCAAGAUUACAAAUAGCUCAAAUGCUUGGAACAUAUGUUUUAUAGUCAUUAUAAAUUUGUGGUUGUUUUCUAUGUGUAUAUGUGUAUUGGGAGUGGGAUAAGCAUACAUGUCACAGUGCACAUAUGAAGAGUAGAAGACAACUUGCAGUUCAGUCCUUCUACCAUGUGGGUCCCAGGGAUAAAACUCAGAUUGUCAGGCAUGGCUUGGCAAGCACCUUUACACACUGAGCCAUCUCACUGGCCCAUACUUUUCAUAUUCAAAACAAUUGGAGGCUGGAGAAAUGGCUAUGUGGUUAAGAAAACUUGCUGCUAUUACAGAGGACCAGAGUUUAUUUCCCUGCACUCACAUUGAGAUGUUCACAACUGCCUGUAACUCAAGCCCCAAGGCAUCAGACUCCCUCUUUUGGUCUCUGGAUACCCAUGUGCACAUACAGACACAUAAAUAAUGAAAUCUUCUUAAAAAGAAAAUCAACCAAUCCAGAGUCCCAAACCCUAUUCUUUUCUGGGAACCCACCAAGCCUGUAUGUCCCAUGUCCUAAAUCAAUGUAGAUCAAAGCUGAAGAGGAAAAGGCAUCAUCUAUAUUCUUACUCAUUAGAAUUAUUCACAGUAAUUGAUCUUAAAGAAUUUUUUCCCAGCCAUACUUUUUCAUUCCUGGCAGAAAUUUCAAUAAGUAUUGUAGCUAAUACUUUUUUGCUUACUUACAUGCCAGCCUCCUGUCACUCUGUUUUUGCCUCUGUAGGUCUGGAUGGUGUGUCAUACUCUGUCCUUUCUCAGUAUGAUGCAUAAGAAACUUCAUUUAGUCAGGCACCAUUAUGACUUCCCAUAGAUAUUCAUAACAACCAUCUCUUCCUAGUUGGUGUUUUAUGUAUUGUUUGUUGUGCUUUGGGCAGUGCCUGGGGUACAGCUGCUACUCUCGUACAUUUUUAUUUUAUAGAAGGUAGCACUUUCAUGGUUUAUAGCAGAAGACAACUUGUAGUAGGCAAUUCUUCUACCAUAUGCAUUCUAGGAAUAAAACUCAGGUUGUCAUGCAAGUGUCCUUUCAUGCUGAGCCAUCUUGGAGUCCCCUUUAUGCCUUUAAUUGAUUUUUAUUGGAAGUCAGUCUACCACUGAGCUAUAUCCCUAGCUCCACAUUUCCCCACACACCCUUUCUGAUAAUAUGGUCUGGCUGUAUAGUUCAGACUGCCCUGGAACUCAUGCUAUCCACCUUCAGCCUCUAAUGUACAAGGAUUAAACCACAACAUUUAAAAUUUUGAAGAUGCAGGGGCGGGGAGGGAUGUUGUAAAAGUUUCUGUCUUAUAAGUUUUCAUUCAUUUUUUUCUUAUUUUUUAAUUGAAAAUAAUUUUUUUCAUACAAUAUAUUCUAAUUAAGGUUUCCCUCCUCCAGCUCCUUCCUCCCCACCUCCCCUCCCAUUCAGAUGGAAGUAGUGGCACAUGCCUUUAAUCCCAGCAUUCAGGAUCUCUGUGAGUUUGAGGCCAGCCUGCUCUACAUAUUGAGUUCCAGGACAGCCAUAGUUACAUAUUGAGACCCUGUCUCAAGCAAAAUCAAAAAAGCACCUAAAAAGUAACAAUAAAAAAUAAGAUGUAAUAUAAACAAGCAAACAUAAGAAGAAAAAGAGCUAAAGAAAAGGCACAAGAAACAUACAUGCAGAGAGAGGCACUGUCACACAUAGAAGUUCCAUAAAAACAAAAUUGGAAACCAAUAUAUAUUCGAAGACCUUUAAGAUGGGGCAAAAACAACUCUCCAAUAAUGCAACUGGGUUUGUUUUGUGUUGGCAUCUACUGCUGGGCAUGAAGUCUGACCCUUAGAGUGGUUUGUGUGCCCAGUGAGACUCCAUUGGAGAAAACUCAUUUUUCCUUUGGGAGCAGUUAACAAUUGGAAACAGCUUAUGUUAGGGAUGGGGGCUUGUGUCCACUUAACCUCUCAGCACUGGGACAGAUGUCAUCUGGCUUAGACCUGUGCAGGCCCUGUGCAUGCUGCCACAGUCUCUGUGAGUUUAUAUGUGUAUCAUUCCUUCUGUGUUUAGAAGACCUUGGUGUUCUUCAAUCCCCUGAGAGGAGGAAUUUGAUGGAGGCAUCCUAUUUAGGCCUGAGAAUUGCAAGUUCUCUCCCUCUCUGCACAUUGUCCAGGUGUGGGUCUCUGUUCCCAUCUGUUGCAGGAGGAAGCUUCUCUGAUGAUGGCUGAGCAAGACACUGAUCUUUUUUUUUUUUUUAUAAAGUAUUUUUCUUUUUCUUUCUUUCUUUUUUUUAAAGAUUUAUUUAUUUAUGUAUACAGUGUUCUGCCUACAUGCCUGCAGGCCAGAAGAGGGCACCAGAUCUCAUUACAGAUGGUUGUGAGCCACCAUAUGGUUGCUGGGAAUUGAACUCAGAACCUUUGGAAGAACAGCUAGUGCUCUUAACCUCUGAGCCAUCUCUCCAGCCCAAGACACUGAUCUUUAAGUAUAGCCAAAUGUUGUUAGGAGUUGUUUUAUUGCUACAUUCCUGUAGCAGAACAGUAGUAUUUGGUUUUCACCCAAGUCCAUGGCCUAUCUAGUUUCAAGUUCUUGGCCACCUAAAGCAGUGUUGGGCAUGGGUUCCAUCUCAUGGAGUAGGCCUUCAAUCCAGUCAGAUACUGGUUGGUUACCCCAAAAGCUUGUCCACUAUUACACCAAUGUAUCUUGCCAAAGGUCACCAUUGUAGACUGAAGUGUUUGUAGCUGGGUUGGUGGUUACCUUUAUCCCUUGGUAGGAUGGCAGAGUUAUCUUCCAGUACCAGGAACACUGGUCAGUAGGAGUGAAGGCUCUAAGUAGGUGCCAGCUCCACUUCUCCGUGUUCAGUGAGUUAUGUAGGUAUUGCCUUCAGCAAUAAGGCCUUACUAUCAGUUUCUGGAGAGCAACCAAUAGCCUUGGCAAUAGCCUGGGUUUGGGGGUUUCCAUGCAGCUCUUGUCUAACAACUUGAUUAGAUGUAACCCAUUCUCAAAACUUGAAGUUUCAUUUAGUGAAAAGAGGUUUGUAGUUGCAGCUUUGUCUCCCCAGUUAUCUGGCGAUUCCAUUCAUAUAUAUAUAUAUCAUAUAUAUUCAUAUAAUUAUAUAUCUUAAGGAGCUUCUACUGUAUUAGUUUUCCUUAUGACCCCUCAAAUCGCUGUUAGUUUUAGCUGUCUGUCUUAGUUAGGGUUUCUAUUGCUGUGAAGAGACACCAUGACCAUGGCAACUAUUUUUUGUUUGUUUGUUUUGUUUUGUUUUUUGAGACAGGGUUUCUCUGUGUAGUUUUGGUGCUGGUCCUGGAUCUUGCUCUGUAGACCAGGCUGGCCUCGAACUCACAGAGAUCCACCUGCUCUGCCUCCCAAGUGCUGGGAUUAAAGGUGUGAGCCACCACCGCCUGGCACCAUGGCAACUCUUAUAAAAGAAAACAUUUCAUUAGGUGGCUUACAGUUCAGAGGUUCAGUCCAUUAUCAUGGUUGGACAUGACAGCAUGCAGGUAAACAGGACAUAGUGUUAGAGAAGGAACUAAGAAUUCUGUAUCUUUGAUCCACAGGCAACAGAGAUGAACUGUCUCAUUGGGUGUGGCUUGAGCAUAUAUGAGACCUCAAAGCCUGACUCCACAGUGACCUACUUCCUCCAACAAGGCCACAUCUACUCCAAUAAGGCUGCACCUCCUAAUAGUGACACUCCCUUUGGGGGCCAUUUUCUUUCAAACCACCACAGUCUCUCCCCACAUUCCUUCCUUUACCUUAUUCUUCCCUCGCGCUCCCUGUUUGAUGUUCCCAUUCCAGUUGCCCCCCUCCAUCUAUAACUAUUCUAUUUUCCCUGUCAGGGAGAUCCAUGUGUCUCCCCCUAGUCCUUUACUCCAUACUUCUCUGGGUCUAGGGACUGUAGCUUGGUUAAUAUUUAUUUAACAGGUAAUGUCCAUAUACAAGAGAAUACAUACCAUGUUUCUCUUUCUGGGUCUGGGUUGCCUCAGGAUGAUUUUUUUUUUCUAGUUAUAUCCAUUUACCUGUGAAUUUCAUGAUUUCAUUGUUUGUUUUUUGUUGUUUUGGUUUUUUAGCAGCUGAGUAAUAUUCCAUUGUGUAAAUGUUCCACAUUUUCUUUAUCACAGUCAUCUGUUGAGGGAUGUCUAGAUUGUUUCCAAUUUCUGGCAAUUAUGAAUAGGGCAGCAAUGAACACGGUUGAGCAAGUGUCUCUGUCACAGGAUUUAGAGUCCUUUUGGUAGAUGCCCAAGAGUGGGAUCGCUGGAUCUUAAGGUAGAUCUAUUCCCAGCUUCCUGAGGAACUGCCGUACUGAUUUCCAUGUGGCUGUACAAGUUUGCAUGUCAUGGUGUCUUAAGGUUUUCUUAAUUUUGGCAUCCCAGAUUUCUCCAACUAUUUCUGUAAUUUUAGAAGUUUUCUUGAUAACUUUAAAUGUGUUCUGUUGCAAUGCCUUUUAUACUUUUUGGGGGGGGGGCAGUCUCUUAUUUGAGACAGUACCCUAGGAUGGUCUGAAACUCACUGUGUAGCUCAGGAUGACAUUGAACUUGUAAUCUUCUUGCUUCUACUUUCAUUUUUAAUGGUUUUUUGUUUGUUUGUUUGUUUGUUUGUUUUGGCCAGGCAUAGUGGUGCACAUCUUUAAUUGCCAUACUUAGGAGGCAAAAUCAGGUAGAUCUCUGUGAGUUCAAGGCUAGCCUACUCUACAUAAUGAGUUCCAGGACAGCCAGAGCUACAUAGUGAAACUCUGUCUCAAAAAACAAGCAGCGGCUGGAAAGAUGGCUCAGUGGUUAAGAGCACUGACUGCUCUUCCACAGGACCUGGGUUCAAUUCCCAGCACCCACAUGGCAACUCACAACUGCGUGUAACUCCAGGAUCCAACACUCUCACACAGACAUACGUUCAAACAAAACACCAAUGAAAUAAAAAUAAUAAAUUUUUUUUAAUUUUAAUUAUGUAUAGGUGUGCUGUCUGUGUGUGGGUGAGUACAGGUGCCAGCAGAGGCCAUAGAUAUCAGAUCCCAUGGAGCUGGAGUUACAGUUUUGAACCACCCAGUAUGGGUGCUGAGAACAGAACCUGGGUUCUUUGCAAGAGCAGUGCAUGUUUUUAACUGGUGGGCCAUCUCUCUAGCUCCUGCCUUCUCUUUCUAAAUGCUGGGAUUUAGUCAUAGUUUCACUUUUGUAUACUUGUCUACUGCUGACAGAAUUUAUGUCUAAUCUUAUUCUUCUCUCUGUAGGCAUAAAAUACUCAUAGUACCUCCAUUUCAGACGAAAGCAGUGGAAGGGGGUGUUUGGGGGUUUUGAUUGUUUGUUGUUGUUUUGUUUUUGUUUUUGUUUUUCAAGACAGGGUUUCUCUGUGUAGCCCUGGAUGUCCUGGAACUCGCUUUGUAGACCAGACUGGCCCAAACUCAGAGAUCCACCUGUUCGGCCUCCCAUGUGCUGGGAUUAAAGGAGUGCACCACCAUAACCCAGCUGAACGAGGUUGUUUUAAUGCCCAUUGAGAAAGACAUGCCUUCCCCCUGUCAUUUACAUGUCCCCAACCUUCAGGUAGUUUUGUAGCCAUGAGACACACUGGAACCUUAGAAUACCACCUUCCAUACAAUCUAGCCUCAAGUAGGGAUAUGAAUGGCACUGAAGAGGCAUUUUAUAAAAAUAGUAGAGGCUAGGAGAUGACUGAAUUGGUAAGAUUGCUUGUUCUGCAAGCAUAAGUACCUGAGUUUAAAUCUCAGCACAUGCAUAAAAUGAUGAGUGUGGCUGUACACAUGAUUAACCCCAGCAUUGGGGGUGGAGACAGGUGGAUCCUGAGAGCUCACUGGCCACCCAGGCUACUCUACAAGUGAGCUUUCAAUUCAGUGAGAAACCCUGUCUCAAGAAACUAAAGGUACAGAGUGAUGGAAGAGCUCAUCCAACUUGUCCUGCUCUGGUCACAGCAUGUGCAUACACACUCACUCUCAUCAAUUGCAGCACAUAAAACUAAAAUGUGUCUAAUUAUCAUAUAAAAUGGUGAGUUUUAGGCCAACAAGAUGGCUCAAUAGGUAGAGGUGUUUGCCUUAAAGCCUGUUGACCAGUGGUCAAUCUCGACCCACAUGGUGGAAGAAGAGAAUCAACAUCAUCAAGUAGCCCCCUGACUUCCACACAUGUGCUUCCCCAUCCUGCAAAAAAAAAAAAAAAAAAAGUAACAAAAUGAUGGGUUUCAUUCGGAUAUUUUCAUGCAUGUCCAUCAUGUGCUUUGCUCAUAUUUACUCUCAUUUCCCUAUUUUGUCUUCCCAUCUCUCCUGCUACUGGUUCCUUUCUCCUUCUAAAAUAUUGCUCUAAAAAGGCUUUGAAAUUAGAAUUCACAUCAAAACCACAGCCCACAGAAUGUUCAUUAAACUUGCAUACUACUGGAUGGCUUCAUGGGUAAAAGAUGCUUGGACUGAGUUCAACUCCUAGAACCCACGUGAUGGUAGAAGAGAAUUGCCAUGGCAACAAUGCACCUGCUACCACCUCCUCCAAUAAAUGUAAUUUUAAAAAUGAAGGAAACUUGCGUACUAGACCCAAUUUUGUGAGUUGCCUGAUUAAACAAAUAUCUAUAGUCCUCAUAGGACUUAAACAACCAGAAUGAGCUCAGUGUAGUGGUGGGUGCCUGUAAUCUCAGCACUCAAGAGGAUGAGGCAGGAUGGUUACAACUUUCUGGCUAGCCUGGACCAUAUCAUGAGACCCUAUCUCAAUGGGAAAAAAGUCUAUGAACCUGAAACAUGAUAAAUCAGAAGAAAAUUAAGCCCAAAUAUAAUGAAAUUGGUGGACCCAAAGAUCAGCUUUUGUCCUUGUUUUUUUGUUUAUUUGUUUGUUUCUUUCUUUGUUUUUUUGUUUUUUAAAAGGGUCUCAUAUAGCUCUGGCUAUCCUUGACCCCAUGUGCCAUGGAGGAUGAAUUUCUGAUUCUCCUUUGGCCUCUCCCAGACUUUCAAACUUAGUAGGCAAGGUAUCAACUGUGCUACAGCCCCAACCCCAAGUGUGUAUGCUUUUAUUUAUUUGGGGGGCUCAGUCUUACUCUGUUUGGUAAGCUUCCCUCAAACUCCUGAGCUAAACUAGUCUACCUCAGUUUCUUGAUUAGGUAGAAGUAUGUAUGCAUGUCGACAUUUUAAUCUCUGAAAAGGGAAUCCAGAGCUCUGCAUCAUGCCAUGUACCUAUAAUACUGGUACUUGGGAAGCUGAGACAGGACAAUCACAAGUUCCAGGUCAGACUAUGCUACAUAGUGAGACUCUAAAAAACAAGGAUUUGUUGAGACAUUGUAAAAACAAACAAACAAAAAGAUAGUAACCAGGUCAUUGCCUCACACCUGUAAUCCCAGCACUUGGGAUGUGAGAGGAGAGGCAGAUGUUCAAGGCCAUUUUUGCCUAUAUAGAGAGUUCAGUACCAACCUGAGAGACAGGAGACCCUAUCGAAAGGGGUGGCCAGGCAGUGGUGGUACACACCUUUAAUCUCAGCACUCAGGAGGCAGAGGCAGGCAGAUCUCUGUGAGUUCAAGUUCAGCCUGGUCUACAAAGCGAGUUUCCAGGACACCUAAGGCUAUAGAGAAACCCUGUCUCAAAAGACCUAAAAAGAAAAGGAAGGAAGGAAGAAGGAAGGAAAAGAAAGGAAAGGAAGGAAAGAGGUGAAGGGGAAAAUAUAGUAGACUGUCAUCCAAUAGAAAAAGUAGCAAUUAAGGGGUUGGGGACUUAGCUCAGUGGUAAAGUGCUUGCCUAGUAAGCGCAAGGCCCUGGGUUCAGUCCUCAGCUCCGGGGGGUGGGGAGGGAGAAAAAGUAGCAAUUAAAAGGAUAGGGUCCACAUCCCUUGUGGCCACCGAGGACAAAGAUUCUACACGGACCUCCAUCCAGUCAAAACAUGCCGUGUGUCUGUGGGGACAGGCAGAGCCUUUGUGACCUGAGUGGGGUUGCUAUGCAGAUUUAGUCAAGUGUGGCUGGUGACACACUUAAAUAACUACUCCAAAUAUUUCUGCUGCCGGGAAUCCAACAAGCCACUGAGCCAAGCAAGAGAGCCCUGUAGUGAACUCAGCCUCUUCAUGGUCUCUCCCUUCUUACAUUGGUACUGAAACAAGUCAGGCCAAGAAACGUCUUUAUAUCCCAGCUUCCAAACCGAACAGAGUUGAUUGUGGCAGAGAACAAACAGCUAUGUGAAAAUAUUAAUUCUACAUUUAAUUUUGUUGCCAUAGAAAACAUUGAGAAUCCAACUUUGAGAGAUUUGGAGGAAGGACAUGGGAAAGGUUUGACAGAUGAUAAAUGCCAUCAUUGAGUCUGCUAGAGUUUCAGUUACAAAGUGAGAGACUUUGAAAAUCAAAUGUUUCUCAAGAAAAAUGGAUAAUAAAAACUUUCUGACCAAGUGUGGUGUCACACACCUUUACUUCCUGCUCUGGGGACGCAGAAGCAGGUGAGUUUGAGGGCAGCCUGGUCUACAUAGUUAAGUUCCAGGCCAGCCAGGGCUGCAUACUGAGACCCUACCCCCAAAAUAAAACAAAACUCUAUCUUGAAAGUAAGAGACUUCAGAGAACCAAGAUGAACUACAAGGUCAUAAAACAAGCAAUAGGAAAAGCUCCCAGGCCAAGUGAGAUGGAUCAGCACAGAAAGACACUUGCCGCCAAACCUGCCUACCUGAGUUUGAUAUUUGGGACUUGCAGAGUGGAAAGAGCAAACCAGCUACCCAAAGUUGUCCUCUGAACCAUAGCAACACAAAGACACGCACAUGUGCACAAAACAAAUGAAACAAAAAAUAUAAAACAGCCAUAAUUAUAUGUAUAGUAAAAGGGACUUUAAGGAAUUACUAUAAAAUUUCAGUAUGUUGUGUCCACGGUGCUAAUUUUUGUUUGUUUGGUUUUUUUUGUUUGUUUGUUUUUCAAGACAGGGUUUCUCCAUGUAGCUUUGCGCCUUUCCUGGAACUCACUUGGUAGCCCAGGCUGGCCUCAAACUCACAGAGAUCCGCCUGGCUCUGCCUCCUGAGUGCUGGGACUAAAGGCAUGCGCCACCACCGCUUACCAUGGUGCUAAUUUAAUGGUAGGCAGCUUUUGUAUAAAGUUUCACAUUGUUUAGCUCUCACUGUUGUCUUGCAAAGUGAGCUUCUUUCUUCUGCAGGUUCAGAUUUAACAUUUCAUUUGACCUUUACACUUUAAAAUUUAUUUAAUGUAUAUGGGUGUUUUGCUUGCAUGUGUAUCUGUUUACCAUGUGUAUGGCUGGUGCCCGUGGAGGCUGGAAGAGGACAUUGGAUCCCCUGGAACUGGAAUUACAGGUAUGUGUAAGCCACAUGUGGAUGCUGGGAAUCGAACUGGGGAGUGUCCUUUGAAAGAGUAGGCAGUGCUCUUAACCACUGAGCCAGCACUUCAGCUCCUACAUUUGACCUUUUGUGUUGCAUUUGAUAUGUAUCAAGGGAAUGAUAGACUGAAAUCUACCCUCAAAUCUAAACACCAUGAAUAAAUCAUAGCUUAUAAAGUGGAUAGUAGGGCUAGGAGAUAGCUCCGUAGAUAAAGCACUCAGAAAUGUGAGGAUCAGAGUUUGAAUCCCUAGAACCCAAGUAAGUGAUGAGUAGGUGUGGCUGUCCACAUGUAAUUUUAGCACCCAGAAGGCAAGAUUUCCAAAGCAAUCUGUCUAGUAAGACCAAUUGAGAGACCCUGCCUCCAUGAAUAAGGUGGAGAGCAACUGAAAAGGACUUUUCUUGUUAACCUCAGGCCUCCACAUGCACAUUCAAACAGACGUACACCAUACACACAUGAACGGUAGGCACUGCCAUCACCUGGUUUCAUUCAACAAAAGUCCUACUCUUCCUGUGAUUCCAGAGAGUAGAAGCGCAUUGACCUCAGCUAACUUUAAAAUGCAUUUAAAUUUUUCCGAAUAUGUCAAGUAGUUUUGCAAUUAAAAAAUAUGCUCCAUUUUGGAGGUAAAAUUACACAUUUUGAAAUUUGAAAGGCAGAUAUGUAAAUGAGCCUAUUGGGGUUUGGCUAUGUUGAAUCCUGUGCGUCAGAGUAGCCUCAUUUGGAACACUUUUUGUUAGGAAUAUUUUCAGAUAAAAUAUAGCCCAGAGUCUAAGAAAUGGGCUUCAUUCUGCAGUAAAUACUUUGGGGUUUAGUUUUGUUGUUGUUUUAUUUUGUUCUUGUUUUUUUGAGGCAUGGUCUUACUGGGUAGCUCUGGCUGGCCAAGAACUCACAAUGUAGACCAGGAUGGCCUUGGACUCAAAGAGAUCCUCCACUUGCCUUUGCCUCCUCAGGGCUGGGAUUAGUGUGUGCACCAUACAUGACUGCAGUAAAUCUUUUAAAACUGCUUUGAUACACUCAAAGCUGGGCACACUACACAAGCCUACAGUCCAAGCUACUGUGGAGGCAGGAAUAUUACUUUAGCCCAGUUCAAGACAGCAUGGGCAACAUGGUAAGAUCCCAUCUCAAAAAAUCAACCUUCUCUGAAACCUCCUUUUGCAUGGCCACACAUUGAUCCUUAGAUAUUCUGUUGUCUGAUGUGGCUACAGUACCCUUGAUAACCAAAGCCAUCUUUCUCCAAACACAGGCUGGACAUGGUGGCAUAUGUUUUUAAUCUCAGCAUUUAAGAGGCAGACGCAAGCAGAUCUCUGUGAGUUCCAAGCCAUCCAGGGCUACCAUGUCUCUAAAAAGAAAAGAAGGAAGAAAGAAGGAAGGAAGGAAGGAAGGAAGGAAGGAAGGAAGGAAGGAAGGAAGGAAGGAAGGAAGGAAGGAAGGAAGGAAAAAAAGAAAUACAUACAGGAGGUGUGUCUGGGUGGAUCAGCCCCUUAAUCCUAGCACUCAGGAGGACAAGAGUUUAAAGCAAAUGUAAUCUACAUAGCAAGACUUGAAGAUAUAAAAGCUAGAGGUAGUUUAAUAGCAGAAGUGGUAGAAGGCCUCUAGCAUACACAAGGCCUUGGCUUUGGUCUCCAGCAUUGCCCAAAAACCUACACAGGAAUAAACCUCUGAAGUACCUAGUAUGUGAAUGAGCACUCCCUUCGACUUCAUACCUGAACGAGUGAGUACAGCUGCUUGGAUUGUAUGCUGUAUUUGUGUUUAUGUUCUGAUUUCACUGUAACUCCUCAUGGAAUGGAUUUGCAUUGAACAAACUAAAUAAAAAGACAAAUGAUGAAAGAUAAAAAGAAUGCAUAACAUUUUUCACUGAGAAUUAUCUGAAACGUGCACACACUCUGUUUGUUUGUUUGUUUUCUUGAGACGGGGUCUCACUAUGUAUCCCUGGCUGUCCUGGAACUAGCUCUGUAGGCCUCAAACUCAGAGGUCUGCUUGCCUCUGCCUCCUGAUUACUCGGCCUAAAGGUGUGCGCCAACACACCCAGCUCCAGCACACACUUUAUAACAGAGCCUCAGAGUAUAUGCAGAGAGACAAUGGGAGAAUGUUCCCAUCCACACCCAUUCAAAGUAAAUCUCUUUCAUAGUAAUAAAAACUUGGGCUGGUGAGGUGGCUCAAGUCAAGAUGGAUAGAAGUGCUUUCCAGAAGUAAUAGGAUGGAAGGAGAGAAGUGAGUUGUUACUGAUCUCCACUAUGAACUGUGGCAUGCAGGCAUGCAUGUGUAAGCAUGCACACUGACACAUGUACUCUAAACAUAGAACAAAGCCUAUAGAAAUUUAAAAUAAUUGAAGAUGGAAUUAGAUUAGAAGUCAAAAACAAAAUGAAAAUGCUAAAUACUUGGAAACUAACUUCAAAAUAACUUACAAAGAACUUAAAAUAAUGGAUCAGAGAGAAGGUAUGCGGGAAAUUGGUUGUUUUGUUUUGUUGGUUUUUUGAGACAAGAGUUUCUUUGUGUAGCCUUGGCUAUCCUGGAACUACUUUGUAGACCAGGCUGGCCUAAACUCACAUAGAUCUGCUUGCCUCUGCUUCCUGGGUGCUGGGAUUAAAGGCAUGCGCCACCACUGCCUGGCUUGAGAAAUUGUAAAAAUACUUUGAAAUUGUAAAAAUACUUUGAAAAUGCAGCACAUUACAUUGUAGUGGGUACUGCUAAAUGAGUGUACAUGUAAGCUAUCCAAUCCUUAUAUUAGAAAGAAAAGUCAUGUGUGGGCCAGCCAGCAAGGCAGAUCAGCAGGUAAAGGUGCUUGCCACUGAGACUGACAACCUGAGUCCCACCCCUGGAACCACAGAGUGAAAGGAGAGGACCAUCUCCCCAAAGCAGUCUUCUGACCUGUUCAUAAGAACCAUGGCUUAUAUGCAUGAGCAAACAGAUACACACACAAAUGUAAAGAAAAAGAAGUUACGUAUGUUCACAGCCAGACCCUGCCUCAAAACAAAACAAAACGCAUUGGAGAGAUGGCUCAGUGGGUAAAGGUCUUGCCGCGCCAGUGGGAAGAACUGAGUUCAGAUGCCCAGAACCCAUGAAAAGCUCGAUGUGGUUGCCUGAAUCCAUCUAUAUUGCUGUGGGGAGAUGAAAGGCAGAACACAAGACUCUCAGGAAGCUCCCAGGCCAGCUAGCCUAGUGUACUCAGCUGUGAACAUCAAGAGACCCUGUCUCCAACAAAAGGGAAGGUGAAGACUGACACCUGAGGUUUCCAACAGACACACACACACACACACACACACACACACACACACACACACACACAAAGAAUUUUUUUAAAGGUCUCAAGUUGAUAAUCUAACUUCCUAAAGCUAGCAACUAGAGAAAUUAAACCCAAAGUACAUAGAACAACAAAGGCAACUCAUCACAGCCCACAAUCAAUGUCACUAUGGGACCUGGAGGACAAAAAUGAGCAGGGCUGUGCACCAAAAUGUCUGCUGCUCAGCCUUAGGGUUUGUUUUUAGUUUCAUUGUUCAUUUUCUUUUUUUAUUUUGUUUUUUGAGACAGGGUUUCUCUGUGUAGCCCUAGCUGCCCUAAAACUUGCUUUGUAGCCCAGGCUGGCCUCGAACUCACAGAGAUCCGCCUGUCUCUGCCUCCCAAGUGCUGGAAUUAAAGGCGUGUGCCACCAUGCCCAGCCAUGUUUUAGUUUUUAUUACAUGUCUAUUUUGUGAGGGUGGGCAUGUGCCAUGGCCAGCCUUGUCUAUAAAGCCAGUGCCAGGCCAGCCCAUGUCACACCGUGACACAUGGCUCCAAGAAAUAAAACCAACCAAUGAAAAACCAGUUGAACUGGGUGAUGGUGGUUCAAGGCCAGCCUGGUCUACAGAGCUAGUUCCAGGACAGCCAAGGCUACACAAACCUUGUCUCAACCAAACAAAAAACAGCUGAAUACUAACAAAGCAAAAGGCAUAUACUUCUGGAUGCAUAAACACAUUAUAUAAUGUACAAUAAUAUUUUUGGCUUUUAAAAUAUUUUGCAUCACAUACUAUUUAUAGAUAUUUUCAUACAACUAUAUAAUGUACACUGAAUAUAUUAGACCCCAUAAUCCUUUACCUUCCUUCCCCCCUCAUAUUAAUCCCCUUUGUUUCCCUAGACAGUUUCACCUCUACUCCAUGUCAUCUAUACAUACAUAAUUUUAUGUGUCUAUAUAAAACCUAGGAACAAUACAUGAGAAAAAAACAUUUGUCAUUCUGAGACUGGCUUAAUUUGCUUAAUAAGACUACCUCUGGUUGCAACCAUUUUCCUUAAAUGAUAUAACUAUCUUUAACACAAAUGUAUUACAUGUAUUUUUGUGCGUGCAUGUGUUCAAGCAUGCAUAUGUGUGCCACAGUAUGUUGUUCAAUUAGAACCUCCAGCUUACCCUUGCAUGAUCCAGAAAGCCCCAUUCCCCCUCCUCUCUCCAAACCCUGCCCUCUCAGAUAAUCUCCAAAAAAGAAAAGGCACCAAAAAGCCCAGUUCUGCCUUCUUGGUGGCAGCUCCUCCCCUGAAGUUUUCAGCAGCCCAAGUUCCUGCCUCAAGUGUUCAGCUUUUGACCAUACUUGGGCACAAACCCAGCUUGUGGAGGACAUGUCAUCACCCCUCACCUACCACCUAUAUAAGCUCCUUGCUUUAGUUCAGGCUUGUAGCUUCUCAGGCCUCCAUCUCCGGGACUGGAGAACCCACUCGGGAGUUUCUUUGCUCAAAUAAACCUGUUGUUAUACUUUUUCAAUUUGGCUUGAUCUGGCUUACUGUGUCGGCAGAGAAACCUAUUAUCAGGGUACAGAAAACCUAUUACAUGUCUGUUGAAGUCACAGGACAACUUACAGAAGUUACUCUGUCUUUCCACCAUGUGACCCUCACAUAUCAAACUCAGGUUGUGAGGAUUGGCAGCAAGUGCCUUCACCCCUUGGGCCGGCAUCUCCUGGCCACUCUUCUCCAUUGCUGAUAAAGAUCCCAUUGUGGAACUGGAGAGCCGGCUCAGAGGUUAAAAGUUCUUGCCACCAAACCUGAUAACCUGAGUUUGAUACCUGGAACCUACAUGUAUGUGUACAUCAGUGGCACAUAAUCAUUUCCCAACAAAAUAAAUACAUGUACAAAAAAGACUGUAUUUUGUACAUACAGCAUAUUUUGUCCAUCCCUGUUGCUUGACACCUAGAUUGGUUCUAUAACACAUCUAUUACGAAUGGUGCUGCAAAAAACACUGAUGUACAAGUAUCAUGAGGAAUUGUUUUUAAUUAGUAAUUUUUAUUUUUUUAUGUGUACAUACAUAAAACUUUGUAAUCUUUAAUUAGUAAAUGAAGAAUGUCAGAUGCCACUGCCAUUUUACAAGCUACACGAAGGCUCUGAAUCAUUUGGUAAGAGCCUAAAAAUAAAAACAAUGAUAUUUGAAAACAAAAUAUCUAAAGGACCAGUGAGAUGGCUCAGUGAGCCAAGACUCGGUGACAACCUCAGUUGAUUCCUAAAGCCCACAUGUUGAAAUGGGAGCGUAGAUCCUCACAGGCUGCCUUCUGGCCUCGAUAGAUGUGCCCCUCUUUUGAGACAGGAUCUCACUGUGUAGCCCUGCCUGGCCUUGAAUUCACAGAGACCCACCUGCCUCUACCUAUCAGGUGCUAGCCGGAAAGGCCUGUGCCACCACAUCCAGUCACGUGUAAACGUUUUUUAAUGUCUCAAAUUAUAUCAUUGGCAGCUGGAUGUAUAGUUCAGUAACAGGGUGUUUGUGUAGGAUGUAAAAAGUUCAUGUCUUAGCACCUCCAAAAUUGUACCAUUCUAUUAAUUAGCCAAGCAUUUGAGUCCAGUCCUGUAAUCAGGAACUCUGGAAUUUAAGGCCAGCCUAGGCUGUAUUGUGAGAGCCUGUCUCAUAACCCCCCAAACAAAAGUAUACAAUAAAGUAAUAAAAUUAUAUGUAGUUGAAAAUAUAAAAAGCUGGGGACACAGCUCAGUGGUACAGCACUUGCCCAUCCACCAUACACACACAAAGGAAAAUGCAAAGAAAUCCAAACUAUAGUUUAUUAGGGUAUCCAAAUAAAAGAAAAUUACAAUCCACACGUGAGACUGGGUGUAUGGAAGAAACGGAUCAUCUCAUAAACUGGCAGAUUUAUCAACAGAACUGUGACUGAGGGAUUUGGACAGAGUCUUGUAUUAUAUUUGUUAAACUGCAUGUAGUUGCAGGCACUCCUACAGUACCAACACUUGCAGGGUGGAGGCACGAGUACCAGACGUUCAAGGUCAUCCUCAGCUACACGGCAAGUUCGAGGACAGCCUGUGCAGCACGUCUCAACAACAUCAAAUAAAAACCGUUGAUAAGCAUCUUUAGCAUGGCACCCCCCACGCUCCCUCCACUCUGGUCCUUUCACCUGCCACAUCCAUCCCUGAGCUCCGUUCCAUGUGAAUCCCUGCCCGCUCUGUGAGGCCGCCGUCAACCUUCCCUUCCUUAGCUGAGACUAUCUUUCCCUACACUGGCGAGAUUUACUACAAACCCUCAGCCCUACAAGGGUAAGCGCCCCUGAAACUGGAAGUCUACAACUCCGCCACCCAAGGCUGGAAGCAAAACGGGAAGUACCGUCACGGUGGCUUUUUUUUUUUCUUCUGUCAAUCUCUGAGAGCGACUUUAUGGUUCCGGACUGUGAGGUCGGCACGGGUUAUAUGGAAUUCCGCUUGACAGCGACGUCGGGAGGGGGCCUGGAUCGCGGGAGGACGCAGGUAUCCAGGCCGCCCGCGUCGCCGCUCGCCAGGCCGGCUCUGCGGGAGGCUGCGCGCCGUGCGAGGUCGGGGAGCGUCGUAAAACUGCCGUAAUGCCUUGUCUGCUGUACGACAGCUAUUAUUUCGUCCACUUCCCAGCCUGCAAACCUUCAUCAUUUUCGUUCUUUUUUAAAUCACAAGGAAAAGAUAUUUUCGCCGUUGGAUACACAUUAAAGCGAGUCCCUGAGGGUCCUCCCGCCUCAUGGACCUUGGCAACUGCCCUAUGUACGGGUAGUCUUCUUUCCAUUUACCCAGUCUGCCUUGAGGAUAAGGAAAAGGUAGAGAAUAUGGUGGCCCACUGCCUGAGAGGUUUUUAUCAGGACUCGGUGACCUUUGAUGAUGUGGCUGUGGACUUCACCCAAGAGGAGUGGGUUAUAAUGGAUCAAACUCAGAGAGACUUCUACAGAGAUGUGAUGCUGGAGAACUACCAGAACCUGGCCUCAGCGGGAUGUGAGGUCAUCAAACCCAGUCUGAUCUCCUGGUUGGAGGAAGAAGAUUUACAGGCAGUACAAAGAGACGGUUUCCAGGGCAGGAAGGCACAGUGCUUGGGAACUCUGUGAUUAUAUGCAACAUAGAUAUCUUCAGAGAGCAUUCAUAUUUUAAAAGACAUAUGAAAACUGAAAAUUCAAAGAACACCUGUGACUCUAAUCAGUAUGGAAAGCACUUUCCCACUCUGCAUAAGAAACCAUCUAUGAGACAGGAACUUUCUGUGUUGAAUCAGUAUGCAGAAGACUUUAGUCUGACCCCAAAUGUUACUCACCAGAAAACAGGCUUGCAGGACAAACCUGUUGAAUGCACUGACUUCCUUAAUCAGUCGUAUUUUAAGGCACAUAUAAGAAUCUAUAAUGGGGAAAAAUUCUGUGAAUUGACUCAAUUUGCAGGAGAUUUUACAUGUUCCCCAAGUAGAGAUCUGCCUAUUCAAAAGUAUACCAUAAGAGCCUAUGCGUGUAAGAUUUGUGGGAAAGUCUUUGGCUAUUCUUCAAAUCUUAACAGUCACAUGUGAACCCACACUGGGGAGAAGCCCUAUGAAUGUAAGGUUUGUGGGAAUGUCUUUGGGUAUUCUUCAAAUCUUAAUAGUCAUAUACGAACCCACACUGGGGAAAACUUUAUGAAUGUAAAAUAUGUAAGAAAUUCUUUACUACUUCUUCAAGUCUAACUGAACAUUUCAGAAUUCAUACUGGAGAGAAACCCUAUAAGUGUAAAGAAUGUGGAAAAGCUUUUACUAAGCACUCGGGACUUUCUACACAUGUACAAACACAUGCUGGACAGAAGCCCUAUCUAUGUAAGUUAUGUGGGAGAUCUUUCACUGUUUCUUCAAACAUGACUGAACAUUUAAGAAUCCAUACUGGAGAGAAACCUUAUCAAUGUAAGGAAUGUGGGAAAGCCUUCCAUGCAUCUUCCUACCUUCAUAAACACAUACUGGAGAGAAACCCUAUAAAUGUGAUAAGUGUGGGAAAGCCUUCCACACUUCCUCCUACCUACAAAAACAUGUAAGAACUCACAGUGCAGAGAAACCUUAUAAAUGUAGGGAAUGUGGAAAAUCCUACAAAAGAUGUUAUCUAUUGAAUGAACACUUGAAAACUCAUAUGGUGGAGAAACCCUUUGAUUGUAAGGUAUGUGGAAAGUCUUUUAGAAGUUCUGCAUGCCGUAGUAAGCACAUUCGUCUUCACACUGGAAUCAAACCUUAUAAAUGUAAGUACUGUGGGAAAGACUUCACUGUUUCUUCAAGUCUAACUGAACAUAUAAGAACACACACUGGAGAGAGGCCCUAUGAAUGGAAAGAAUGUGGAAAAGCCUUCACUAUAUCCUCAUGUUUGAUUGUCCAUAAGAGGACUCAUGCUGGAGAGAAACCCUAUGAAUGUAAGGAAUGUGGGAAAGCAUACAAAAGGUGUUACCUGCUGACUGCUGACUGAACAUGUAAAAACUCACACUGGGGAAAAGUCCUUUGAAUGUAAAGUAUGUGGAAAACUCUUUGGAAAUUCCUCUUGCCUUAAUAAGCACAUUCAAAUUCACACUGGGAUAAAACCCUAUAAAUGUAAGUACUGUGGAAAAGAUUUCACUGUUUCUUCUAGCCUAGCUGAACAUGUAAGGACUCAUACAGGUGAGAAGCCCUACAAAUGUAAGGAAUAUGGGAAAGCCUUCACAACAUCCUCAAACCUCUAUCACCAUGCACAAAUUCAUGAUAGAGAGGUUUCCUCUAAGUAUCAAGAAUGUGGAAAAAACUACAAUAAGUUUUAUCGACUAACUGAACAUUUAAUAAAUAAGUCUGAACAGAAACCCUUUGAAUGGGAAGAAUGUCAAAAGGUUCUUCAAGAAUUCUCCACGUCUUAAUCAUCAUAAUGGAAUUUACAAUGGUGAGAAGCCUUAUUAAUAUAAGAAGUGUGAGUUAGCCUUCAAACCAGCUUACUCGAAAAACAUGAAAGCUCCCUUGUUCUCAAGAUGCCCAAGAAUUGAAGAAACGUGAGAGCCAUUGGAAUGUUAACAAAGUGCACUAAUAUGUGAGCUCACCCUGGAGCCAUAUAAUGUCACAAAUAUGAAAGCCCUACUACUUCCUGGGGACUUGUUAAAUACAUAAGAUUCCGCAGUGGAGAAACUGUUGUGGGUAAUGUGGAAAGUCAUUCUGCUAAGUUCUGUACUUCACCUACGAUCUCACAGUGGAGAUAAUGAAGAUCUACUCUACAGACUGGCAACACAAUCAGACUGCAUUGCUGAUUCAGUCAACAAUGAGACUGACAAUAAGCCUUCUUUGGGAUCUGUCCUUCUGUGUACUAUACAGUGUGGAAACAGAAACUCUUUUGGAAUUUAAUCACAAUGAACAUGGCUGACAUCAUGUUCUGCUGUGUUGCAAACUAUCUCUAGCAAUUCCUGGAUGUGGCCAAUGGGUGCAGACGCCAAAAUCAGCACUAGCAGGUUUCAGUCUCAGUGUUCCAAAUUUGUGUAUUUCUGAUGCUUGAACAACUUUGGUUUUUGUCCUGUAAGGCCAUUAGGGCUGUGCCACCCAAUGGCUCUUUCUGUGGCUCAUAUUCUAGCCAAAGUAGCAGUGAUCUAAUACAAGCUCAACAAUAAACCCCAAAUGGAAGAGA